GCCACUUUCGGCUCCAACUCCACAUCCGGAAGGCUCUGUGGAGUCGCCUCUGCGUCUGCAUCGUGCUGAUCCGCCGCCUGGAGUCUCUCGUAGCGUGUCUCUCUCAUGACCUCACCACGUCAUCUGGUCGCAACCUCCGGGAGUCGUCGGUGGUCUCGGAAAAGCCCUCAAUCCUGCGGAACUUCUCACUAACAUAUGGACGUGAAGGAUAUCAACGAUUGGAAAUGCCUUCUGUGGCUGAGAAAGAGAAGCAGAACGGCCACGAUGGCCAAGAAGAGGAGCAGAAGGAGCAGCACAAUGGCCACGAUGAUCAAGAAGAGGAGCAGAAGGAGCAGCACAAUGACCACGAUGAUCAAGAAGAGGAGCAGGAAGAUCAGCAAUCUGGUCGGCGCUUCCUUGUCGUUGAGAGGACUGAUAAUCACUCUGCCGGGACAGCUUCGCUUUCCCCAUACGUCAUUCUGGAAGCCCUCAAAGGCUUAGGGGAUAUGAAGGAAGUGAAGUGCACUCAGCUCAAGAACCACACGCUUCUGAUCGAGACCCAGAACGCUGCGCAGACUGAGAAGAUCCUCCAGGUGACGACUAUUGGCAAGGCGCCAGUGAAGGUGUACGAGCAUCCGAAGCUGAACAGAUCUCGCGGUGUUAUCAAAUGCUGGGAAUUCUGUGGAUGCGACAUUGAAGAGCUCCUGAUGGAAAUGAAGCAGUUUAAUGUGGUGGGCCUGAGGCAGAUUCGGCGCCACAUGACGGACGAUGAGGAGGCGCAGUGUGUUAAAGAGAAUAGGAAGAAGAGCCGAAAGGAUACUGGAAUCUUCCUGGUGACAUUCAACACUCCUGAUCUUCCAGCGAAGCUCAACGUGGGCUACAGAAAGGCCGAAGUGAAGUUGUAUAUUCCCAAGCCGCUUAGAUGCUUCCGUUGCCAGCGUUUGGGACACGCAGCGAUCACUUGCAAAGAGAAUCUCGACCAGCGAAGCGCCCCCAAGAAGGGGAAGAAAACCCUCAAGUGCCUCAACUGUAAGGGGCCACACGAGAGUUGGGACAAGACGUGUCCUGUUUAUCAGAAGAAGGCAUCGAUUUUGAAACUGAAGGUUGAGAACCAGGUGAACUACAAUACAGCCAUGAAAUCUCUCAAAGCCUAGAAAGCCAUUCUUCUCAGGUAGGAUUGAUCACUGCAUUCCUUAGAAGUGCCAUCUCAAUUUACUCACGAUUUUGCUUUGGAUUUCCUCGAAUUUCUGAAUAAAUGUUAAUA